AUCAGCUGUUUAGAGGAUGGUGACGUACUUCCGGUCUCACACCCGACAUUACAACAACAAGAGAGGCGAGCUGGGACGAGGAGACGACGACCCUACAGGAGGAACCAGAAGUCCUGCUGAGAUCGUGGGAAUCAUCCACUUACCCUCACAGAUGAGGCACAUGUCGUAGAGGGGGGGAACCACAUGCCCCCUACCAGAGCAGGGACGGAUUGAGGUGUGUCUCUGAGUGCAGAAUGGAGAGGGUUUGAGGGAACUUUGUCCUCAGGUGAUUCCUGAGUUGCAACACUAAGCUCAGCUGAGCUCUAGAUUCUCCAGAGACCACCCUCCUAGUAAUAUGAGCCAUGGACUCUGGGGUCCUUGAUAGUCCUGUUACCUUGAUCAUUAAGGCCCCCAACCAGAAGUAUGAAGACCAGACCAUCAACUGCUUCCUGAACUGGACGGUGGAGAGGCUGAAGAGCCACAUCUCUAAGGUGUACCCCAGCAAACCGCUGUCCAAAGACCAGCGGCUGGUGUACUCAGGGAGGCUCCUUCAGGAUCACCUGCAGCUCAGCGAUGUGCUCAGGAAGCAGGAUGAAUACCACAUGAUGCAUCUAGUUUGUGCCUCUCACAGCCCUCCUGCCUCGCCCAUGCCUCGGAGCCCCUCCAUGGCCGGCUCCUCUGCCUCUGACUCCAGCAGGUCAGACGGCGCUGGCUCCUCCUCGCCUGCCAGCACACCAAAUCAAGACAGUCAGUCGGCCUCUUCCUCCUCCUCUUCCGCCUCCUCCUCCUCUUCUGUCCCAGGAAGUUAUGAUGGUCUGAGGUAUCGUGGUGGCUUCCCUCAGUACAACCCCCACGGCCCCUCUGCUGUCCCUCAGUGGCCCGAAGGAGCCCAGGUCCCUCUACAAGGUGGUCUCCCUGCCAACAUGCCCCCCCACCCCAUGUACAUGCCCAUGCAGAUGCUGUGGUGGCAGCAGAUGUACGCGCGCCACUACUACAUGCAAUAUCAAGCAGCAGUAGCUGCUUCUCAGCCUCCCACCACCUCCCCUCCUCCCUCUCCCGCCCCGUCCUCACCCCUUCAACCCGCCCAGCCCAACGAAGCGGUGCAGCCCCCUCUAGGACCGAACCCGGACCCCAACCCUCUACCAGAAAACCAGCCGGCCAACCCCAACAUCCAGAUGAACGCGCAGGGCGGGGCGGUGUUGAACGAUGACGAGCUGAACCGUGAUUGGCUGGAUUGGUUGUACACGGUCUCUCGGGCCGGCGUGCUGCUCAGCAUCGUUUACUUCUACUCGUCCUUUAGUCGCUUUGUCAUGGUGGUCGGCGCCAUGCUGCUCGUCUACCUGCAUCAGGCUGGUUGGUUCCCCUUUAGGUUGGAGCAGCAGAACCUCCGAGGAGGAGACCGAGCCGAAGCCCCUCAGGAGGAAGCAGAGAGACACCAGGACAUGCAGGAAAUGGAACGUCUGAUGGAUGAGGGUCUGGAGGAUGAUGACAGUGGAGAGGAAGGAGGAGGGGGACAAGCUGAUGACCAAGCUGCUGCUGCUGCUAUACCUGAACCAAGCUUCCUUACCACCGCGUGGUCCUUCAUCAGCACCUUCUUCACCUCGCUCAUCCCCGAGGGACGACCCCAAGCAGCCAACUAGGCCGGUCCUAACCCCCCUCCCCCUACCCUCCCUCUUACUUACCCCUCGUCCUCCUGCCAGCAGGUACCGCUCUACAGAAGUAUCACAAUACUCCCACCUUCAUCGUAACUGUCUUAAACAACCCCAUGUAACCCCAGAAUCAUCUUCAGACACACACACACACGGUCAAAUACCCUUUUUUCCAAGAUGGUUCAACCCCAAACCACUCAGCUACUAACCUCCUACAUGCUGCCAACAAAAGGACUGAUAUGUAAGACCGGUACUCUGAAGGGUAAGAGCAGGUGAGCAGUGAGAGUUUUGCAGGAGAAGAAGAUAAUAGUAGAAGGUAAAAGACGUGGUGUGUAAACGGAUUUAAUGCAUCAGCGGUGGAAGUGUUUUUUUUAAUUUUGUCUUCAUUUGUUGUGAAUUCAUUGAGACGUGGUGAAGAGACUCUGGAGGGAGCUGUCUUCCAAUUUAAGCAGUGAAAAAUAAAGUUGUUGAAACUUUUUACCGGCGGAUGUGGACCACGGGAAAAAAAAAAAGAGAGGAAAUCUCCUGAAAACGAAAAGGGAGACGUGUCCUUAACAAACCAUGAGAAACCACAUCCCCACAGACAUUUUCAUGUAUGCACACGACGUGCAUAUUGACAUUGCAGCUACUGAAGCACAUUGUUUUCCCACUUUGUGUAUUUAAACAUUAUCUAUUUACACAUGUAAGUAUAUGCAUCUUUAACUCCUGAAUAUAAGCUUUUUUUGGAAUAAAAUCUUGCUGCGGUUUGA